GGAGUUUACCUUCUCUUUCAGAAGUAAAUUUGUUUGAAACAGCUCAGCGUUUGAUUUCUGUUCUUGAACACCGUUGUGGACACUUUCCGUCCUUAUUUUACAGGCAAUUUUUGUUUUAAUCUUCUCGGUUUGUCUUUUAAACAUUGUGCCUUUUCUCCGUUUGUAAACACAUGUCUUGUAGUCUGAUCUAACUAUGCCGAAACUCCUUCAUCUGAAGUUUCCAGCUGAUUGUAAGACUCUUCCUGAAAGCUUCUGGUCGGCAGUAGACGUGUGGAUAAAGAAACCUCACGUUGUCAACAAGCGUCUUUGUGGAGUGAAGCAGACAGGCAGUGAGGAGGAGGUGGACAGAGAUGGUGGUCUGCUUCUCCUGCUGGAUGAUCCUGGACUCUGUCAGGAUGUGUUUUCCUUCCUCACCUGUGGGGUUUCACCUGAUCAGACACACGAUGAGGGAAAACCGUGGACCUCCACUGUCAGGACAUUUAUCCCUAAAGUGAACAGUUAUGGGACGAACCUUCACAAAGAAGUUAUACUUAAAGGUGAGAGUUGAAUGAAAGUCUCAAUUUUUAGUUUUAAAAACUUUAUAUGUGAAGUUUUUAUCUUUUGUCCAAGACUUUUUCAGACAGCAGGUGACUUUUCUUCCAUUUGAAGAGGAUUCAGAGGGACAAUUAUCUGUAAAGAAGGGCAACAUUUAUCAGAUUCAGCUCCUCCAUCAGGACUGUGAGGAAUGGUGAGUGACUUUUGGCCUCUGCCCUCUGAGUGACUCUGGAUUUAAAAACAGAGCCAACAUCAUUAAGACUCAUGCCAGUAGCUUUUUGGCAAAGUUUCACAACGUUCCUCAGCUGGACUCAAUUAAAGAAGAGUAAAACAUUUUAAGAAGCUGUUUGUCAACAUUGAAACACAACUCACCUACUCUCUUCCAGCAGCCAUUUGUUUGUAGCGAGACCUCAGGCCAGUCCAUUACUGACUACAGCGGGGUGACGCAGCUCAAGGAAGAACAUUUAUGAUCAUUACUUUAUCAUUUUCUUGAAGUAGUAAUCAUCAUAUUAAUCAUUUUGCACUGCAGACACGGUAGUUCUUCUGCCUUAGCGUCUCGGUCUGAUUGCAUUUCCAUGAAGAAACUAUAAUAAAUGUUCUUUCUUGAGCUGCAUCACCCCACUAUAGUCCAUAAUGGACUGUCCUGAGGUCUCACUACAAACAAGCGGCUGCUGGAAGAGAGUAGAUGAGUUGUGUUUAGUCUCUUUGCUAAAGAAAUCAGGCAAAAUUAAAAGAUGUUUAGUGGCUAGGUUUCUGGCUGGGACCCUAUAUGUACUGUUGAUGAAGUUAGGUGCUGUUCUGAGCAUUAUUUGUGGGUAUAGAGUGGCGUUUUGGUUGAGGUGUGUUUAUGCCUCCUUAGACCGCUGUGUGUUGCUAUCUGCAGUCGUCACUAAAGUUGGUAUAACUGGAGAAGCAAGCGGUCAGCAACAUUCAUCUCUCGAUGGGGUGUCUAACUCAGCGUUACGGUGUGUUUGACCCUAAAUUAUUUUACACCACAAUAUCCCUUUAAUGCUGUUUAUACGUCAUACUAGUUUUGGAGCAACAGGGUCCUUUUCAGAGUCAACCUUAUAUAUUUCAAUCAGAUGGAAAACCACAUUAUGUGCCUUUUGGCUCUGGAGUGGAAGAGUCUGUGCCUGCAGUCCCACCUUGACACCCAUUGAAACACUUGGCACAACAUGACAAAAAAACUCAACAAAGAAGACCCCAAACUCUUGAGCAACAAAUGAAAUUUGAACUUGGUGAUCUCUUCCUGCAGGUCGUUGGAGUUGCACGUGCUGACUCCAGAUGCCUGGUACUCUGAUGGCGUUGUGUACCCAAAGCUGCCGUGGCUGUCCUCUGAUCUGCUGCCUAAACUGGUCCGCUGGGCCUCCGAGUGCAGGAGCAGCGAGUUCAGGAGCACGCUGUCUCUGCUGCCAGUGGAGAAAUACAGCGUGAUGUACCAGCAGCUGAAGGAGAAGUACAAAGCCAUGGUCAAGGUAAAGUCUCCCCCAUUGAGGCUUUUAUAUUUUAAGUGUUUAAUAUGAAUGUUUGACUAUAUUUGUUUGGUGUUUUCUCCAGGUUUGGCCCGAGGUUACAGACCCUGAAAAGUUUGUCUACGAGGAUGUCGCCAUCGCCACAUAUCUCCUUGUGAGUUCUCGCAGUCAGCAAAACUUGAAUUGGGUCUUAAAGAUUGAUGCGUGAGAUGAAAAAAUAGCCCUCGAGUCUCAUUUGUCAUUUUCACCCUUGUUUUAAACCUGUACGACCCUUACCAAGUGCGCAAACAUGCCCGUAUAUGUAGGUGAAACUCAUUUUUACCUGUCACAUGCUGUCAGGUCAUUUCAUCUAAAGCUGGGUCAAUCAAUUCUGGGUGUGAAAAAUAGCUUUGACCCGGCAAAUCAAUUCAAAGCAGAGGCAGGUGAAAGGGUGUCGACGGCAGCAGGUGUCACCCUUCACAUGAAAAUUGGCUUUUGCAAACAUAAUUGAAAGCCCUCAUGUGCGUACAGAACAUAUUGAGUGUGUGUCAUCGAACUGCAGGUACUGUGGGCCGAGGAGCGAGCGGAGAGAGGUCUCACCCACCCGCAAUCCUUCGUUGACCUGGGCUGUGGAAACGGCCUCCUGGUUCACAUACUGACUAAUGAAGGGGUGAGUUCAGCAAUUAUUCGCUCUUAAUUUUACGCAUAAUCAAUAUAAUAUCUUUACACUGCACUGUUUAAUAGUUUGUGCCUCCUUUGUUGUAUUCAGAGAAAUACUCAAGCUUAACACAGCUGUACAGCUGACCCUGAUUACCCCUCGGGACUGAUCGCUUCUCAUUUAGCAUAUUUGUCUCCCCCUUGUGUAUUUUUCAUGCAACUGUCUUUUAAUUCCUCAUUGAGAGGAGCUAAUACAGGUGGAAAAACAAGUGCUUUUUGAAUAAAUCUGACUUUUUUUGUUCAUCAAAUCUCAAAAAUGUGGAGAAAAAAUGCCCUACAAAACUCCAGGAUAAGAACAAACAGCAAAUCCUCAUUUUAGAGACACGAAAAGCAGCACACCAGGAUUUAUUUACUCCUCAAAGAUGCACAUUUCAAAGGAUUACAAUCAUAAAUGUCUAAUUAUAAGAAUGAAGUCGUGAAAUUCUGCUUUUCUUAGCAGAUGUCCUCAAAUGAGACGCAUCUUCUUCGUCAGAGUAAUCAAUGCCAAGGGGCUUCAGGGUGCAGAUGAGGAGAUUGAUGACUGUGAACAUGUUUAAUCUACACUUUUCAUGUCGUCUUACUGUCCAAUCACAAACUGGGUCAGCUUUAAUUGAAUGACACACACUGUUUGAGUGUGAAUUAGCAGCUGACUGUCAUGCCGUCUUGUCUUACAGCAUCCUGGAAAGGGCAUCGAUGUUCGCAGGAGGAAGAUCUGGGACAUGUUCGGCCCCCAGACUCUGUUAGAGGUGAGCGUGAAAAGAGGCAGAUUGAUUGUAACUGUGUUGGGAGUUUAAUAAGUGUUAUGUAACUCAAAAAUAUUGGGAUGAGGGUGUAAUUUGUUGGGUUUCUUUGGGCAGGACAAUCAAAAAUAUUUAUGUAGGUAGUAGGGCCCAACGCUAUUAAAUCUGCCAAUUUUAGCCCAUUUAAGACUAAUCGGUAAUCGGCCAAAACUCGCAGAUUUUCACCAAUAUUUUCAGAAAUAAAAUGCGGAGAAUAAGAUUCGGUUUCACUUUUCAAAUGUUCCGCCAUUUGAAAAGUUCCCCGACUUAUCCAGUAGAUGGCGCAGCGACCUCAUGACAAUCUUCAUCCACUAACUACCUCACAGCACAGCAGAGUGACAGAUCCAGAGCAGGCAGCUCAGGGACGCACGGAGGAGAGUGGUCCACUUCAACGGCAAAUACACCAGUUUGUGAAAGUAAUCUGCUGAUUAAUCGGAUUUCCCCCCUCAAAUAAUCGGCAUCGGCCCCAGAAAAUCCUUACCGGUUCGGGCCCUAGUUGGUAGCAACACAUUUCUAGAAAAACCUGCUGAACCUUUAUUUUGAAGGUUUUAUUGUGAACACCUCUAGUCAUUUCAGCUUGGAGAAUUUAUUUAAUGUUUUGUUGCUGGAUUCACUUUAGUCAUGUUGUUUGAUCGUCUUAAAUCACCGACUCUUGAAACUGAAAAAGCAAACUCAGGUUUGACACAUUUUCUGACUCGUAUCACGCUGACAGGUCGAUAAUGAAAAGUUCUGCGGGGCGAGAAACUUUUUCUCUCUCCUGUCAAAGGUUUCAGCAUCAAAUCAGGCUGCUGUACAUCCCCUUCUUCUUUAAAGGAGCCCUUGUGCUUUUUGGGUCUCUGCUAUUUCAGGAAAAAGCAAUUACUCCCGGCGAGAGCUUCUUAUUCCCCUCGACGGACUGGCUGAUUGGGAACCACUCAGACGAGCUCACGCCGUGGAUCCCCAUCAUGGCAGCAAGGCGAGUCUUCAUCAGCAGACACAAUCUCACUCAGCGGCUCAAGUGCCAGCUGAUCUCUCCAAUUUGGAAUCACAUUAUGUGCACAGGGAGUAUGUGUGAAUAUACAGUCUGUGUGUGUGUUUGUUUUCUAAAGUCACCACCUGAUGGCAAUGUUGAGCCUUUAAGUGGAACUCCCUCUAAUGUGACUGACGAUGGUAAUCUCCAGUGAUGAAUUAAAGCUCCCCGGCUCUCUAACAGUUUCAUAAUCUCACUUACAGGAGCACAAACAGAAAAUAACCUCAUUACUCAGGCCCCUGAAGAUUAAUCGCAGCAUGUUUACCUUGAGGUUUUGUCCCCAUGCAGGUCAGCGUACUCCUGCCGCUUCUUUGUGCUGCCUUGCUGUUUCUUCGACUUCUACGGGAAAUACCAGAGACGGCAGUGUAAGAAGUCGCAGUACAAAGAAUACAUCGACUUCAUCUCUGAGGUCAGCCGGGUCAGCGGCUUCAACACCGAGGAGGACUGCCUGAGAAUACCGUCCACCAAGCGGGUAGGCUUGUAAAGUCAAGAGUAAGAAAUGCAUUCCUCAAAAUAUAUCAAUUUGAAACUCAUUUUUGGUUUCUGUUGGGUCUUUUCAGAGGUUUUAUAUCAUCACAUAAACCCGGCCUUGUUUUAAGGCCAUGUGCAGCAGGUGUUACAAACCAGACGACAGCUUUUCUUUGCAGAAUCAUCAAAAACGGAAUUUUUCCAAACAUCUGAGUUGAGGAUUCUCGCUCCUUCCCACCUGAGCCUUGUUUAGAACAGGCGGGCAGAAAUAAAUCAAAUGUUUAUUGCCCCCAAAGGGGUGAUAGUCUCACAGCUGGUACCGUUAAAAGCUCCGAUACAGAUGGACACAUAAAAAGAGCGAGUAAAUAUUUACUGGGCUCUUAAUCGAGGGGAUCGCUCAUAAUCAGCUUGUUUGUAAAAGCAGGUGUAUAGAAGUUGUUUCGCCACAGGAGAACAAGUAUCAUAGUCGUUAUCGUUUCUGCAGAUUAACUGACUUGAUGACUUGGCUCCGCCCCUUUUCCUGCAGGUGUGUCUCGUGGGAAAGUCAAGAAACUACGAGCCAACCGACGAAACCGAGGCCGAGCGACAAAGAGCUCGUUACGUUCAAAGCCGCCGACCCGCCUCAGGGGUCACAGUUCAAGAGUCAUGCAUCAGAAACAACGGAGACGGUUGCCAAGGAGAUGAAGAAAGCGGCGGGAUCCCCGGGAGCAUCUGGGGAGCCGGGUUCCAGCCCAGAGACAGGGUCGAAACAGUGCGAAACUGCGCCGCGCUCCCGAGGGAUUUAGUGGACAGUGUCGUCCUGCAGGUUGCGAAUGUGCUGCUGGGAAUGACUGAGGAUGACGGCGGGGAGUCCACUAGUGACUGGAACAGAGGAGGUAAAGUACAACAGACACAAAACACCAAAGAAAAACGACGAUAGACGAUAAAGCGAUAGAGCUGAUCGAAUUCAGAGCAAAUCCAGACGAAAACAGUAAAAACAUGAAGAAGUUUAUAAAAAAGGGAAAAUUUAAGGAUUAGGUUACUUCAUCUCGUAGAUUAAAAAUCAGUCUUUUACAAAAAAUGUUCAAUCUUUUGACACGAGACAGAAAAUUUAAAUUAAAAAAAGCUGAUUCCCAAGAUGAAAAUGUUAGUGCUCGGCUAGUUCUUUUAGCUUCAGCAGGAAUUUAGCUUUUUAACCUCCAUUUUUUUUUUCAAAAUUUCUUUUUUAUUGAUUUCACAUAUCGAUAUUUCAUCAAUAUUUUACAUAUAUUGAACAAAUUUGAAACUGUAUAGAAUAUUUGCAUACUUCUCCAUCGCAGAGCAGAGACAUAAAUUCUCAAGUAAAGUUAGAGUCACUGUGAAGUAAAAUGAAACACUUUUCACUCAUGUCCUUAUUUUCACACCUCUCUUGCACUGCCCCUUUUCUCCUGUUGGAGGGUAAACAUAAUCAACAUAAGAACAAUGAACAAGUUUGUAGCCUGAACCAAGGGUAUCGAUAAUCUACAAUACACAAUGCCCUUACUGCACAAAGUCUGCUCUCAAUUGAGACACAAAAUCAACCCAGUUUUUCCAGCAGUUUUUAAAAGUAUCUGUUUUUAGUCUACAUUAGAAAGUCAGCUUCUCCGUUCUAUAGAUAUCGAUCAUUACCUCUACCCAAUCCUCUAUUUUUGAUGCAUCUGUUUUUAGCCAAUUUCCAUGAUAUAACCUCCUAUUUUAAUGCAAAAAAUAUCAGUUUUAACAUUUCUAUGAGCUUUAAUGAUUAGCGUGUGUUAUGCUAAACUUACCUGCCGUCUUUAGAUUAUUUUAAGGAUCCUUGGUAGAGGAGUCUAAGUAAUAGUUGUGUUAAAAGUGGUCUAAAAUAAUAAAUCUAAAAUAAUAAAUAAUAAAUAAUAAAAAAAUCUAUCCUUAUAUAUGUCCAAACUUUUGCAUUUAAUACGUCUCUACAGCAUAUCAGAAAGAUGUAUCUCCACCGGGCUUUGGGACCUAAAAUCUGAACCAGCCCGGGUCGACAUUUUUCACGUUUAUGGCCGGUUGUAGUUAAGGAUGCAUCACGAGCACCUCCAAAACCACAGGGAUGCAUUUUCUUGUUGGUGCCCUUAGAAUAUAUUUCCAGGUGCCCCACGGGCCUCUGCACCCUAAACCCCCCCCUCUAUCAUCAUCCCCUCCAACCCUCCGCCUCUGUUCUCGACACGCCGUCCCCCCCUUCUCAGCAUCUGUCAGCAGAGCCUUCGUGACAAAGAGACGCUACAUUAAACCUCCCUCCCUUUGCCAAACACUUCCUGCUCCACACUGUACACACACACACACACACACAUCGCCCACACACACAUCACCUUUGUCAAAUCAUCCACACCCCUGCUGUCACACAGAAACACACACUCCAACGUUACAGAAGGAUGAGGAAAUUUAAGGUUAACGGGGAAUAUUCUACCGGAUGUGGAGGCUGAUAUGAGUAGAAAAUUUCAGAGUGGGUAUAAUGGAGUGUGCAGCUCUGUAUAGAGAUGACUGGAUGAAUUAUUCACCACUAAGUAUGAUUUAUGCAUGAGUAUGCAUUUGCAUUGAGGUUUUCCUACCAGUUAUCUGCUGUGUAAGAACAAAGAGGAAAGUCAGGGUGAGUCAGCCUCCAAUGAUGGGCUCCAGAUGGAAAGGACAUUAUGUGAUUCGGUUUCUGUCUCCCUUCAAAUAAGAGGAUAAUGGAUAUUUUAAUGAAGCAGCUUUUGAUAUUUAAAAUAAGACUUAUGACUGUAAUUGAAUGAUUCGCCGCCUCGCUUCAUAGAAAGACCAAAUUUUGACCCUGAGAGGUUGUUUUUUUUUCAUUACUUGAAAGUGUCGGGCAUGAAUGCUCAAGCCACAUCAAGCUCUUUCACAGGAUGGUAUUAAAGCCCUGAGGUAAAAAUACCACUCGUAUCAGCGCUGUUUCAGAUGGUUAACAUGCAAAGCCUGCCACUGUGGCUUCAGGGAGUUAUUUAUUCACGCACGCUGCCCUGCUGACUCAGCUCCCUUCGUUAUGUAACCCCCGCUGAAAGUCUGCGAACAGCUGUACAUCUAACAUGCAUGGCACUCCGCAUCACUAAAUCUCGGCGCUGCUUUCUGAAGACAUCUCUCUUUAAAGGUGCAGCGAGUCGGGAGGAGGGAUCACAUGGCGAGGCAUGUGGAUGUGGACUCAGUGCGCGCACAUUGUCUGUAGUGUAAAAGCUGGCUCGCAGGAGCGAGGGAGUGGGCGGGUGUAUUAAUAUCAGGUAGGAGCCCCUCAAUGUAUUCUUUCUCGCCAAUUUAAUCCCACAAUCCUUCAGGGGAGCCAGCGCUAAAUUGAGCCUCCAAGAAUCCUCUUCACACCUGCAGACCUCAUCUAUCUGACCUGAACUCACCUUGUAGGACCACAGUGUGUUUUCUAUACUAGAGCUGCAGCACUUCAGACAUAAAAAAAUACAACAAAAAAAUCAUCGAUCUUGUCGCUGAUGGUCUUGUUUGCUUUCAUAGAUUAUUAUGAGUUUUAGGGUUAUUUUAUUUAUGUCAAAAAACCCCUACAGUGGCUUUAAAUCUGAGCCUCCAAAUCAUUUACUUCACCCCUAAAAUUGAAGCUGAUAUAUCCACAGUGGGUGCAGACAUGUUGCACUGGUGAUGUAUUGCAGAGCUCAGGUAUGCACAGAGAUGAUCUGGCAGGUGGAGCUCCUUCCACUAACUGAAAACACACAUUCAACCCACCGAAGAAACAUUGAAGAUCCACCCGGUCCGUACAGUCCACACUCACAGUUUGACGACUCUGAUGUUUGUGUUUGUCGCCUCCUUUACUUUGCUAAACAAAACGCUGCAGGAGCUCUCAUUUGUCCUGUCAAUCAUGAUGCCACGCCUACAAAUAAAUAUUGUAAAAAGUACAAUUAUCUAAAGAAUGAACACUUUCACGUAUAUCAGCUUGAUAAGAACAGAAAGCACAUAUUUGACGAAUGGUUUUAGUUCCAUCUUUAACUCUGUACUGCAGUUUGGGAAGUGUUUUUAUGGUCAGUUUUCUUAGAUAGUCCGUGUUUGACAACCAACAUGUUUUAUAGAAACCUACAGGAGAGUUUUAGGGGAUUAGAAACAUUUUUCAUGAAAAAGACAAAAUGUCGAGAAAAGGUCUAUUUUAGGUACGACCAGGAGAAAAAUCAAAAUUUAACCUCCUAUUAGCAAGAUAAAUUCAUAUUAAUGCCUUAUCAUGAUAUUCAAGAGAAAACAGGACCAUCAUGGGAAAGAUUGAUGAUUCAUGUUUUGUCAUUUUCAAUGCCUGAAAUCUGUGUGAGGAGUGUGAGGCAGCUAAAGAAACACUCCUGUUUGUACAAUUUCUACCUGAAAUAUUCUCCAUGAAUAAAUGAUUUGACUGUCAAAAAUCAGCAGGAAGAGAUUUUUGUAAAAACCUACUCUUGAAGCACGUAGAGGACAAGAUGAGCAGAGACAGCUCAGUCCACAGGGGGCGCCAAAGUUGAGACAAACUGAAGCAUUUCAGCUUUUUUCUAAAGAUAAAAUUCUCACAAUUAGUUUUAUUUUAUUAUUUGUUUGUUUGUUUAUUCAUUAUUAUUAUUAUUAUUAUUAUUAUUAUUAUUAUUAUUAUCUAUUUUGUAUUGUCUAUUUUUAUUAUCUAUUCUUUUAUUGAUUUAUUUUUCGUGUGGACCAUCCUGGGGGUGGGUCUGAAAUAAAGUUGAAUAAAUAAAUACAUUUUUAGAAACUUAAACAGGCCGUACUUAUGACUACUUCAUAAAGCAAAAAUAAAAAAAAUGAAGUUAAUGAAAAUCCUGGCAGAGAGAAACAUUUUUCCUCCUCUUAUUCCCUCGACUCCUCCGUCUAUCAGUCAUACUCUGACCCUCUGGCAAAGCUCUGAUUGACGGUGAUUGACAGUCAAAUAAAAACACACAAGCGGCUCCUUCGUUCUGAAAAAGGAUCCUUUCAAACGUUUUAUUGACCACUCAGCAAUUUCCACGCUCAUUUCCCCCACUCAGCCUAAUUCUCAAUUGGUCAAAACAGCAAAAAAAAAAAAAAGAAAAAAUCAACCACAACAGGCGAUCAAUAAACGGACAUCUUAGUGUUUUGCACAGGGGGUGCACAAGCUUAAAAAAAAUCUGCCGGGCUGAGCCAUCUCAGUCCAAGCUGAGUCCAUACUGCCCUUCUUCCAUUAAUCUCCAUUAACAUUGUAGGCCAUAAAGGGCAGCUCUAAACGCUGUAUUGAUAUUGUAUUAAGGCUUGGAGCUCCCUGGCGUCUGCGCUGUUGGAUGGCCGUCUGCCUGAUUUCACACUCCGCAGCUCAGGACUGCGUUUGGCUCUUUGAGAGUGUGUGAAUGUGGGAGUGUGUUGCAUAUUUUAGGGAUUAGUUUAGGACGUGUAUCAGCAGACAAUAUGUUUUUUUUUUUCCUCAUAGCAGCAGAGAGACAAGCUCUGGCAAAGUGAACAAACCAGAACUGAGUGAAAAGUGAAGAGUUAGACUUGCGUACGAGUCCUACAGAGAGGUUAAGACAAUGUGCUGCGCAGUGCGACUCUCGUAUUCAAUCAUCUCUGAGUGGACGGGGAUUUCCUGAAGUGCCACAAGAGAUUAGAGUCAAAUAUUGUUAUGAAAUGCUACAAAGGAGCAUCAGAAAUCCUGCGGUGUGUCCCUCUCUGAUAGGAGGAAGAGGAGGAGUGUCACUCGAACUCGCCAAAGGUCAGCUCUGAUUGAAUUCUCUUUCGGGGGAAAAGGGCAAAGCCAGAAAUACUGAUAGUCGCCAAGGAGAGACGCACUGAACACAGAAACACACGCCGUUUAUCUGCUUACUAUUCGCCGAACUCCAAACAUAUGAUUCUGUUUUUCUACUCCCACCUUUUUCCUCUCUUUUCUCGCUCUUUGGUGGCUAAAUUUACUGUCCCUGUGGGAGAGUGACGACGAUGACUCACACUCUCAAGCAGACCGAUGGGAGAUGCAGCGGUGAGAUGCAUGCUGGUUGUCCUGACAGCUUGUUGGAGCAGACUUCACUGCUCUGGCUAACGCUGAAAGACCCUCUUCCCGUAAAACAUCCUGUAUGGAGCAUUAUCAGCUUCUCCCUGAGUCAGUCGGAUGCUCCUUUCUUCCUCCAUGUUCGUUUCACCACAUGCCUGGAGCAGCAUGUUAAUGUAUUGAUGAAUGUAACAUCGACAGACCUCCUCCUGCUCCUUUAUCACUCGUCUUUCUCUCUCAUCUUUUAUCCUCUUCCCCCCCUUACCAGGCAGCCUCUCUGUGAGCGAGGUCGCCGGCCUGUUGGAGCAGGAGACCCUGCAGCUCCUGAAGAAGGAGUGUGGAGGCCUUCAGACGCUGCUCAAGAACAACCACCAAGUCUUCAGAGGUAGUCAGACCGCUCACUUAUCUUUUCUUCUUUACAUGUUAAUCCAAAGUCUUCAAAAAUACGUCCCUGUAGGUUUUUGUAAUGGCAGUCAAUUUGAAUUAUUUCAACUCCAAGUCACAAUUUUCAGCCGGUCUGGUCCUGCAAAUCUGGUCCAGGAGCCUUGGCUGUUGUUGCCAUGGUGAAGAAACGAGUAUAGAGGGAACAAAUCAGAGAAGGAUCUUUAAAAUGUGCUCCUCUCAAGAUUCAGCGGAUUAUAGGCGUUUUGAUUGCUCUUCAAAAUGUUCACAAGGACUUUAAAAAAUAAAGUAUUUUUUCUAAAAAAAGCAAAGUCUCUUUUUUGCUGUUGAAAUGUAGCUUUGGAAUUUAAGUUGACCUUGUAGGAAAGAAUGUUGGGACCACACAGAAAUAAUUUGAUAGGCGUUUGAAGGCGUAAAUCUUAAGCGAAUUAAGUCCUUAUUUUCUGUUAAGGACUUUUAAUAACAAACUGAAAUUACACUUUUUAAAAAAUUAAAUAUUUGGACAUUGACCUAAGAAAGAAGAAGACAGAAACUGAGAACAUAAUUUGUCAUGAUUUUUGAUUGUAUUGUUUGAAUCAUGUUUCUUUUGUUACGAUAAAAUCGGCCGGCUGUGUGACCUAUACUGCUGCCGGUCAGCAGGGGGAGCUCAAACAAUUUUGUGGAGCUUUCUCGUCAUUAACCUUAAUAUACAGUCUGAAUUUAACUAUGAAACUCAGACUUGUUUCAAACUGAUUCUUUUGAUGCUACAUUAAAAAACUCUGUAAAUAUUCGUUGUUAUGCAGACGAUACACAGAUUUAUGUAUCAAAGGCUACGUUCACACUGCAGGUUAUGAUGCACAAUUCGGAUGUUUUGUUAAAUCCGAUCUUUUUGUGCGGUUGUUCACAUUACAACAACGAAUGCGGCAUCUAAUGUGAACGGAAUGCGUCCGUGAAGUGACCCGCAUGCGCACAAAUUGCUUUCCGCGCCUGUUUGUGUUGUCGAACAAUGGUGACGUUUGUCGCAUAUUGAUGAUGUAUAGGUGGGAUGUAUGCAACCUGAGUGUCCACCCUGCAGUCACAUCGGAUACAUAUCCGAUUUAUGUCCACAUACAAAAGAGGCCUGGGUCGGAUUUGAAAAAAACAGAAUUGCACUGUUGACACAUGAAAAAAUCCGAUAUGUGUCACAUAUGGUUAAAAAAUCGGAAUUGACCUGCAGUGUCAACAUAGCCUAAGAGCACUUCUUCUGUGGUUUUCAGCUGUUAAAAUUAAAGUUAAUGAUAAUUGCUUGAUUUUGUUUUGAUAGCGAUGUACUCAAACUAUUUCCUGUUUGCUUUUUCAAUACAAAUAAAGGCGUAAAAGGCGUUACCUAACCUAGAUAAAAGUGAAGUUUAAUUUCGCACUUCUCUGCUUCUCUUUAAGUGGAAGGAGGGAGGGUGCACAUCAGAGACUGGCGGGAAAAGAAGAUCUCCGCUGCAAAUACCAAGAAGAAGAAACCUGUCGCCCCUGGAGCCCUGAAAACGCGUCCCUGCUGGUUUUACGACCACCACCCUCAGCGCUGCCCCCUGCAGGCAGAACAGUGCCACUUUGCCCACGGACCAGAUGACCUCAAACCCUCAACAAGACCUUUAAAGAAGAUAAAACACAAUGCCUUUUAAUCCCCUUACCCCUCUCGAACUUUAACGUUUCUCAUUUAUUUUUCUGAAUUCUUAAACUGACAGUUUUCAUGAUGAUCAGCUUUCGCUCUGUCAUCAGCGUUUAAACUCUGCUCUGAAAAGACGAAAGCGGACAGAGCUCAGCACCGAGCCAUGUGAGUUUAAUUGAUGUGUUAUUACAUAAUUUCUGGGAACUGAAGCCUUCAAACUUUAACGGUUUCCUUUUUCUUCUUUCACUCUUCACUCAAGCUGACACCUGUGGGUGAUGUUGUCAACUAGAAUUUAAUUACAAAUGGAUUAUUUUCUCUUUCUUUGAUUUAGUUAAGGAGUAAACGUCAGUAAAGCACAAAAAAGUGUACCCUUACUGUACACUGAUGUUUAUUUUAGGAUACAUUCCUGUAUUUAUUUAAAGCUCAACAAGUCAAUCAUGUGUUUCCCUCCUGAGGUACACUCAGUGUGCUUUUACUUUUCACCCACCAGCAGUCCAACUUUUAAAGCCUCUUUACACUCCUCCCGUCAGAUAACUCAGAGGGACUUUGAGGUUCACAGACAGGGCGGUGGAUAAAGAGCGGGCAGCUUUUGAACAAAGUAAAUGUUAGCCUUAUGAAUUAUUUGUUGGCAGGAGUUGAGGGGUGAGCUGCGUGUCGUCCCGUCUGGACGGGCGCUCACUGCUGCGCCUCUUUACCUCGGCGUGCCUUCACACUGAGGCUCAAAUGUCAGAGACAGUGAGGCCCACCCACCCGGGGACUACAGCAGGGGUUUGCUUUUGUUCCUGGGGGCGACAACAGGCAGACCAUUGACGCAAUAAAGGACACACUAUUGAAAUGUUAUGAAGUUUUAUAAUCAUACAGAGGAAGAAAAGGAAACUUGGACUGUCGUUGUUACCAGCUGUUGCGUCACGUUAAGCGAUCUUACAAUAAACUGUGAGCAGUUUUCAGACAGAAUAUCAUGCUUUUUAAGUUCUGAACUAUGUGAGGAGACUCCUGGAAGACUAAGAGUUAUUAUCUUAUAUGAUCCAAAACUCACAAAACGUUGUACACAAAUCAAGCCUGGUGGACAGUUUGAUAUUUUUGGGGUAGAGCGAAGUUAUCAGAUUUUCAGCAGUUAUUUUUUCAGCGUUAUCAUGGCUUUAAAAUGUCAAAACAAUAUCAUAGUAAUAUCUAAAUCACAGUAAAUAAUUCAAUCUGUACAAAUUUAACCAAUAACUGCAGUUAAAACAAUUUCUGUAGGAGAAGACAUUGCAACAGAAAAUAAUCGGUUAUUAUGCUUUUAUUUUGAUAUUCAUCUGUCUUUUAUUUUGAAGUGUGGUGACAGGUGAAUGAAAACAAUCGAAAGAAAGGUUAAAAGUAAAAAUAUUUAAUAUUUUAGGAACCUGCUGAAGCACAAAUCUUAAUUUUGUCACAAGAAAUCUUGAAUGUCAGUUUUAAAAGUGCUGCUACAGCUAGCUCGCUAACAGCUGCUGCUUCUUCAUCCCUAUUGUGUUCAAUGACAUAUAAACUCACACUAUUACUUUUUUUUUUAAGAGUUUAGUUUUGUAAAAAGACUCGUAACUGUCAAUAGCAGUAAAUUGUCACAGCCAUAAUUUUGGUUCUUUUGCAGACUUUGCAGCAAAAAUGGCGCCAUAGUUCCACCGUGACACGUCCAAAAAGAAGUCCCAAUAUGGAUGUAGUUUCAUCUACAUUUGCAUAAAAUCUUGUUCUUGUAUUUGCUGUAUCAAGAUCCCUAGAGAGUCCUCUUGGACCCAUACCUAAAACUCAACAGGAAGUCCGUCAUUUUAAUUAUUUUGGCUCAACUCUGUUUUACAACUUAUGAAUUUUUCAAUUAUAAGGAUGCCAUGAUUGGACUUGUCUCAUCAUUUUGACUCCUAUACCUGACCAUCCCAUGAUAUUGACUCAUGAUUUAAUUCUGAUUGAUAGUUUUAUCCUUUUGACUCUUUAUUUCACAUCUUCAGUUUCUCAGUCCAGAUUGAAGACAAGCUGCAGAAUAAACAGAAGAGAUCGGGUGAACUAUCAGUGAAUCCUGUCACAUGUUAUUGAAUCCUUUUCUUCCUUUUUUUCCCUCUCAGAGGUUAAAAAUCGAUAGAGCAGUUGGGGUUAAUUAUAUAUCAGCAGACUCAAGGCUCGGUUAUUCCCUGGAGCUGGACAGCUAAAUAUUGAUAAAGACGGACAUGCAUUUGUACAGGUUCACCACACAGAAGAAAAAACAGUAAGCUGGUUUAAUUUACUAUCUUAUAAUUGUUAAACAUAUUACAUUUUUUCUUGAAUUUUAUCAACAUUACCUCAUUUUCUCUGCAGCAGAAGUGACAGCAGAAUAACAAUGUCUGUAAAAUCCCACGUGACACUUCUAAUUUUACUGAAAUCAUAUGUCAGUUUUGAUGCACAUAGACUACAGCGUCAGUAGAAGUGGGUGUGUUUGUGUUGUGACAAGCAGCAGUCAGCCACACUACACAAUAAUACAUAUGUGUGGGAUUUAAUGAUCUACGCAGAUCAUUUCCUCAUCUCUCGCCCCGCCCCGCUUCAUUCCUCGUUAUUCUUCCAGGAAGAAAUCAAUUUACGCAAACACUCCUGCCGCUCUGGGUUCAGCAAGGCUCAUCCCAUCCAAUUGACCUGCUACCCUACAUUGAAGACCCAAAGAGUGUGACCGAGAGGCGUUCACCUGCCUCUACAGCACCGUACACUCCUGACCUUUUGACCCCUGAUUCCAUUCAAGUGUCGUACAACCUGCAGUCAUUGUGAUUCUGUGUGUGUCGCCUUGCUGCGCUGCCCUGGAGACCUGAGGAGGAAAUCCAUCACAAGUAAAACUUACCCCUCCUCCAACACACACAAACACACACUCCUUCAUCUCUCCAUCAGUCCUUAGCCCAUCCCCGCCCGCUCAGAGCACUCACCCGCCCCUCACAUAAACAUAUCAGAGGAGGUUUUCUACUGACCUAUUUGUGGGUUGCAUCAGAAACAAGCAGUCAUUUGUCUAAAGGCUUCAUUAUGGGCUGCAGUUCGCCCAGCUUUGGUUGUUUGAAGGUUAGAUGAUGUCAGGAGAAUCCUGGUUAAAAGUAUUGUUGGUUCACAGAUGAUGACACAUCUGAGUCGUUGUAGCUUUAAGGUAAAUGAAGCCACUUAAAUGCAGUCUUAUCCUGUCUAAUCUCUGGAAAGAGAUAAGCUGUUGCUUUAAAUUUUGAAAGCUCCUCAAGGAAGUCUUGAUGUAGUUAUGAAAUGUACUUGAGUUAACACUGAUGGGUACUGACCCUUGUGGUGCCCUCAUGUCUGAAAGAUGCUGCUUAAGUGUCCUCAUGAAUGCCAAGAAAAUUAUAAAUACUCUUUCAGGUACCCUUGAAGUAAAAAUCACAUGAAAAUCGCCCUUCGAGGUUACCUUCUACAACACAACAUGGUCAAAUGUGCUUGGGCUGCUCUACCAGUGUAGAAAAUGUAAACCAAUUGCCCCUUGAAUGUCUUAAAGUAUAUAAAAUGUAAACAAAGGCCUUCUGGAUGCCCUCUAUUGCAUUAAAUGAAGAUAGCAUGCACCUCCAUGCCCUACCAAUGUAUUUAAUGUAAAUAAAAUGCCUUCCGGAUGCCCUUUAAAUGCAAACAAAGUGCCCCGGAUGCCAUUUAGAUGGAAACAAAGUGCCCCCUGGAUGCCCUAUAAAUGUAUCAAAUGUAAACAAAGUGCGCCCCAGAUGCCCUUAAAACGUAUCAAAUAUAAACAAGGUGUCUUCUGGAUGCCCUUUAACUGUAUCAGAUGUACACAAAGUGCCCUCUAGAUGCUCUUUAAAUGUAAACAAUGUUCCCCUCUGAAUGCCUUUAAAUGAAUAAAACUUAAACCUACUGUCCCCUGGAUGUUCUUAAAAUGUAUCAAAUGGAAACAAGUGCCCUCUGGAUGCUCUUUAAAUGUAUCAAAUGUGAACAAAGUGCGCCCUAGAGGCCCUUUAACUGUAUCAAAUGUAAACAAAGUGCCCUUUGGAUGCCCCUUCAAUGUCUUAAUUGUAAACAAAAUGCCUGUGGAUCCCUUUUAAUGUAUUAUAUGUAAACAAAGUGCCCCCUUGAUGCCUUUACAUGGAUGAAACUUAAACCCUCUGGCCUCUGGAUGCCCUUUAAAUGUAUGCGAUGUAAACAAAGUGCCCUCUGGGUGCACUCUAAAUGUAAACAAAGUGCCCCCUUGAUGCCUUUACAUGGAUAAAAUGUAAACCUACUGGCCCAUGGAUGUCCCUGAAAUCCAUCAAAUGUAAACAAAGUUCCCCCUGGAUCCCCUUCCACUGGAUACCAUUUAUAAUGUGUCCUUUGGAUCCUCUACCAUCGGAAAGAUAUAAUGUGACCUCAACCCUUCAUGUUUGAACUCUAAAUGUACAAAAUGUGGUGUAACAUAUCAUCUUGAAUCAAAAUUUCCUGCUAUCUUAAAGGAAUAGAGCGUCUGUACUUGAGGUUAUGUUGGGUGAAAGUAACCAAAACACGGCUUAUCCUGUAACUGAAAGGUAUUUAUGAGUGUUGGACAUUUUUACUGUCUUUUUCCUUGUGAACCUGUUGCAGCACUUCAUAAGCAUCUGAGUAGAAGCUUCUGCCAGCCUCUCCUAGCCGGGCUGACUGUUAUCUACAGAUAAUCCCUUUAAUUGAAGACUUGAAAAAUGAUUUGUUGAGAAUAAAAUAAAAAAUGUGUGGCCUGAUCUAUGGUCCCCUCCCCUUUAUCUCUGUAAAUACUAUUAAAAAGAGAAACUGCUCGCUGCUCAUACCUCAGCGUGACCUGUGUAGAGAGGUAUUUGUUGGAUAUAAAAAGUCUCGUUCCUGUUUGGUUCAAGCAAAUAAAGUCUGGAUACAAAGGAAGCUGUUGCAUAUCACAAAACAAAUUCCUGCGUGUAGAGUCUAAUGGGUUUCCAGAAAUCAGGGUCACGUUUCUGAUCCAGCGGAAAACUAUGCAAACAAACUGUCUCCUUUAAGGCGGUGUUUGUCUUACCAGAUACUUGAUACUUAACAGGAGCUGAUGCUGCGAUUUUCCUACUUGCAUUACUUGGGUUCCUGAAGGUUUUAAGUCCCAAAGAAGGAAUUAGAUAUUCUGACAGCAGAAGAGUGGGCAGAAGCUAACACAUUAGCACACAGACAAAAUCACUCCCCAUGUCAGAAAUCUAGGUCAGAGGAGCGGGUGCAUCUGUUUUUCUGGCCAACAACUUUCUCCAUGUUCCUCUCAUCUUUUAUUCAUUGUGGCUCCAUGGGGGUGCAGGAGACACUAUUUCACUAUUUUGAAUGUAUGAAUGUCAUCUGUCGACAUGGUGAGCCAUAUAGAGCUGCUGACACCUGUCACUGUGUGAGAUAUCUUGUUUGGAUGUGGCUGCCCUAUAGAAAACCUCUUCCUCUCUAAAGACUGUCUUUGCUAGAAUAAGUAAAUUAAUGAUCUAUAUGCUUGCUGUUUUCUUCUGAAACUGGACCUGAUGGUUCUUUAAGACCUUUGGGAGUAAACGAGACCAUCGGCAACAAGGCCGAGAUUUUCUCUGAUGUGAUUUUCAAUCCCUGAAAUUACCAUACGGGGGUUGGUUUAAGACCAAUGAUUGACAGAAAGACUAUAGAAAGACAACAGGAUGAGGUUUCAGUCUCAAAAACUCAUUUUGACGUAGAUAGAGCGAGAGAUAACAGGCAUAAUUUUGUCCACAGGGGGCGCCAAAAUCUACACAAACCCAAAGUUCCUCACAGGAGCUUUAAAGAAUAGAAAUCUUAAAAGCACAGUAAGUCUUUUUCACUUCUGGUGGGCUUUAAUUAAAUUCAGAUAUAAUGCAGAUUAAUACUUCAGAUAAUUACAAAUGGGGCCC